AGCUCCACAUUCACAUCAGAGGCCUCAUAUAUAUACACCCUGAUGAUGAUUUCUUCCCACUGCCUCCACUGUCCUCCUUCUUGGCUUUCUGUUUCAUUGUAGGCUGUGAACAAAAGAAACUGCCAACAUGUCUGAGAAGAAGAUGACUUCCAGCCGCAGGCACCACCUGAAAAGUUUAGUUCUCUCUGUGGCAGCAACCUGGCUUGAGAAGGAAAAAAAGGAAGUUGCUGAAGCCAAGGAGGCCUACAUGGCUGAGAAAUGUCCUGCACCAAACCUUAGUGGAGAUCAGGCUUCCCUCAUGGAAACCUGCAAAAAGUUACAUGCUCUCAUUGACGUUGUGGAUGAGGAGAGAUAUGACUUGGAGGCCAAACUUGGCAAGAGUGAUAAAGAGAUUGAAGACCUCAAGAUCAAAGUAGUGGACCUCGCUGGAGUAAAGAAACCAGCCCUGAAGAAAGUGCGUAUGUCUGCUGAUGCUAUGCUGAAGGCUCUGCUGGGCUCCAAACACACGGUUAAUAUGGACCUGAGGGCCAACCUGAAGCAGGUCAAGAAAGAGAGCAAAGAAGAGCCCACAGAGGCAGUUGGUGACUGGCGUAAGAACAUUGAGGACAAAGCGGACAGAAAGAAGAUGUUUGAGAGUGCUUAAAGAACUGAACUCUACUCCUCCAGUUGCUCUGGGCUGUUCAAACAUUUUUGAAAUGUCUGACAUUCUACAUUGAAUUAUCUUGUGUUUCAUAAAAUAAGUGUGUUUCAGCCUGCUUUUGUUAUUGUGCAUUUGUAUAGUGCCUAAAGCAGCAUUAGCUCAGAAAGUAAAGUAGCUGACCAUCUGUUGGAUGACUGGUCAUUGAAUCCCCAACUUUUCCAGUGAAAGUGUCCUUGUCCGAGAUACUAAACACAAUAUUGUCCCUCAUAUGUUCCUCACUCAACAUCGGAUAAAAUAAUAAAUAUAAUGCAGUGGUUUA